CAUUGAGGGAUAGUCCACCUUUGCCCCCCCACCCCGAAACCACCAUGCCCAUUCCACAGUCUGAGUCAGAUGCCCAGGCAAAGAGAGCCAAAGCGGGAAGCAUCAAAGGGAAGAAGUCCGCAGUGAUUGAGGGCUUGCAGAGGUCCAGUUCAGGGAAAAAACAAAACCAAAGUGGAGCAAAAGGGUCAAAGGAGAAUCUCUCUUCUGCUCGAACCUCAUCCUCCAGCCCCAAAACCACAGCCAAAUCUUCACCCAAUCCAGUUCCAAAGCCUGCCUCCGGGGGUGAUGUGAGCGUGUAUGUGGACCUGGCUUAUAUCCCGUCUGGACCGUCCACCUCUACGGUCUCUGUGGACUUCUUCAGGUGUGUGCGCUCCUCCUGUUACAUCAUCAGCGGAGAUGCACACGAGAGGGAGGAGCUAAUGAGGCAAACGCUUGACGCUUUACUGGACGGAAAAAGCUCCUGGUCUGACGCUAUGCAGGUGACAGUGAUCCCCACCUUUGAGUCAGGCUCCAUGCAGGAGUGGUACCAGCAGACUCUGGACCGACAGAGGGACCUGAACAUCACCGUCUUGGGCUCCAACAGCACCGUGGCCAUGCAGGAUGAGACCUUCCCUGCCUGCAAGAUCGAAUUCUGAGUAGAGUGGCAUUAUACGAAAAAAGUUGAGAUUUUCGAUAACUAUUAAAUACAUUUAGGCUCUUCAGUCAAUAAAAAAUAUCAGGACAGAUUCUCACAUAUAACUUUUUUAUUAGGCUACAACCAUAGACUGUAUAUAUAAAUGGACACAUCCAUCGACUCCAAUUGGCUCUAGUUGACUUUACAUUGUAAAAUUAUCACACCUCGUCAUUUUGGUCUAAAAAUGUUUGUAUUAACCUGCUCUACAUGAUCUUGGUGCUUUUAUUUUGCUAUUUAUUUAUUUUAUUUAUGUAAAUAAAUUCCUAUUCCUAAUAUGGAACGUGGCUUCAAUUUGCACUUGUAAAUGUCAACCUCAUGUGACUAGAGCACGGGUGACGUCACACUCCCUUAGUUCAAUUCUUUAUACAGUCUAUGGUUACAACACAUAAGUUAACCUUUCUCAGAGCAGGCUAAGGCUUUAUCCUGAAUCUCUUUUCCUUUUGAUGUGAUUCCUAUUAAAAACAUUGAUAUUUGGACUAUACUGAAAGUACCUGAAUGUGAAUAGACUCAACAACCUUGGCACUUCUGGACUGUGUUUGCCAAUAUAUCCUCCCACCUACACCCACUUUGUUACAGAAUGCAUCUCUAUGGGGAGAAAUCCUUAGACUUGUUGUUAUGAGAAAAACAGUGCAGUAAAAGAAGCAUGUGCAUAACAGACUU